CGAGCGCAUACCUGCAGCGGUCACCCGGAGCUCCUGUUGGGAAAUGGAUGUUUCACUAAUGUCACAGUUAGUUUGUCCUCAUGGAUUGGACUGAACUCUUCUUGAUCACAUGAACGGCCGGGAGUAUGGGCAAAUUCCAGUCCAAACUUGCAUCGAAACGUAGACAGAGUCCUGAAGGUGGUAGUUUGGCUUCCAGUGUGCUGACCUGUCAAGGGGAGCUGGAGCGCUUCCACAUCCACAAAACCAAACUGACAGAGAACCUUUACGUCGAAUUGAGGGAAAGUAAGUCUGAUCGUAGCUGCAACCUCAGUGUGGCUCUGCCAGCAAAGAAGAUACCUGACAGAGGCAGCGGCAUCCACCUCCAGGUCAAUAAACAGACAAAGAAGAGGAACAGCCAUGCUGGUGUCACAGAGUGUAACGUGGUGCUCGAUGAGGACACGCAGCAGGAGUGGGUCUUCACACUGUACAACUUUGACAACAGUGGCAAGGUCACCAAAGAGGACUUGUGCAGUCUGAUACACUCCAUGUAUGAGGUUCUAGAGGCAUCGGUCAAGCAGCCUUGCGGCGGUACCACACCUAUGAAGAUAAAGCUAGUUGUAACACCUUCAGCUGACCCAGAAAAGACCUCACAAAUAGCAGAGAAGGAGAAGAAUGCAUAUCAGGAGGCAGGAACCCCAGAGAGGAGGCUUUACUGUGUUGAUGAAAACAUAGAGCGCAGAAACCACUACCUGGAUCUAGCUGGCAUUGAAAACUAUACCUCCAAGUUUGACAACACAGAAUCUCCCUCUCAGGAGCCCAGACAGGAUGCUCAUCCUGCUCUUCAGCACCACCCUGUGGUGACCAGGGAGAACUGCAUCACCUCUGAGUCCCCUAGAGGUCUCUCUAUCCCUUAUUCCCUGAAAAGCAAGGCCAUGUCACUGGGGAAAGACAGGAACGGAGGAGAGGGAAGGUCCUGCAGGUUGCAUGGCCAACACCCUGCUUCAUGGUGCCAUCCCGCCCAGUCUCCACCUGCAGCACAGCGUGCUCACAGCAAGAGGCUUCGCUCCAGGGUACAAGAUGCCGCCUCACACCUUAGACCCACACCGGGGGGAGAUAGGGAACUUUUUUCCCACCUUCAGCCGUCAUGUAGAGCUCUGGCCUCUCCCGCACAGAGACAUGAGCACCAUCACCGCCAUGAGCACCAUCAUCAUCACCACCAUCACUACCACCCUUCAUAAAUGAAUCGUAAACACAAAUGAGACAGGUGAGAAGAGUUGGUGUCCUCUGCUGAGCUGAUAAACGGGUCAAAUGCAUGUCCUCUAAUCACCUCUUUUACAAUAUAAGGCACUGUUAUCUAAUGCUAAUAAGCCCUAAAAGAUGACCUACUCUAGAUCCAAGAACUUACUGUUAACUAAACAUACUUUUGUAACCAUUUAGAUUAACAGUGUCCUCUCAGGUAGAUUGCCACUUUAAAAUUAUGCAAAUGCACACUUUGUAGAGAUGCUUGCCUUCAUUUUAACCUAAUUAUUGAAUUUUAACAACAUAUUGUAUUUCUAAAAUAAUGCAGAAAUGAAUACACAGUAUGUAUUUAAUAAAAAGGUGUUUUGUUUAUUCUGACAUGGUCAAAUAUUUGCUUCCUGACCAAAUAUGCGCACCACUGAACUAAAUAUUUAAUGACAGUUAAUCAUUUCUCAGUUGAUAGUUCAUAUUAAAAUUACAAGCAUGU